CCUGGCCAUUGGAUUAGUAGCCUUCGGUGAUGAGAUCAGCAGGAUCAGCUUUCAGGAUGGGGCACCGGCCUGGCUUCAGCGGCAGGCUCUUCCCAUCUGGGCUGUCUGUGUCAUGAAGGAGGGAGGAGGAGAGGGAGGAGGAGGAGGAGGGCAGAGGAGAAAGCGGAGGCACAAAAGCGACGGCAACCUUUGAAGGAGCAGCCGCGAGGCGGGCGGGCGGGCGCGCGGGCCGGAGAAGCACCAGGACCGGCUCGCUCCCAGGCCACUCUUCCUUCUGGGGAAGAGUUUCCAGCGGGGAGUUUCCUGUCUGCGCCUCUGUCGUCUCCGGCGGGCGCGUGGAGCGCGGGAAGCGGGGCCUUGGCGCGAGUCGCCUCCAACUUCUCUCCAAAGUCUCCGCAGCCUCCCCCCCUUUUUUUAGGGGGGUGGUGCGCGGAAUAUUAACCUGCCUGGAUCCGUCUGGUGCCUCCGCCACUUUUCAGGGAAAUGCUCUCGGGAAGUCCCAAGAAGAUCUCGUGCUGUUGUUGUCUGUUGCCUUCCUAGAGGCUUGCGCGCUCUCCUCUCCACCAGCAUUCCUGGAUUUUGUCUCGAACAUCCGAAAAGACAAGAGAGAGAGAGGGAAAAGUAAUAACCCGGGAUCCAGCCAGAGAUGCUUUUCUGGUCCCUUGGAGGAGUGUAUUCUCAGAAAACAUUGGCUCUAGACGGGUCCAGAAGGCAAGAGUAAAUCCAGUCUACAUGCACAGAGUCCACUGGCUCAGCUUGAAAGUGUUUUCAUGAGUUAACACUGGGACCAGAUCCACCCUUCGUUCCCUGCAGCCAAGCAAUCUGCAGCCAAGCAAUGGGCCAAAAAAUCUCAGGGAGCAUAAAGUCUGUCGAUGUUCGGGAACCUCCUUACAGACCUGUUAAAAGAGAACUGAGGGGUCCAGAUUUCUGCAAGCCUGCGAGAUUGGAUAUGCUGCUGGAUAUGCCCCCGGCCCAUUUGGAGGUCCAGUACAAGCACGCUUGGAACAAUGAAGACCGAUCCUUAAAUAUAUUUGUGAAGGAAGAUGACAAACUGACAUUUCACAGACACCCGGUAGCCCAAAGCACAGACUGCAUCCGAGGCAAAGUUGGGUAUACGAGGGGCCUGCAUGUUUGGCAGAUCCACUGGCCCGCCAGGCAGCGAGGAACACACGCUGUGGUUGGAGUGUCAACGGCAGAAGCGCCUUUGCAUUCUGUAGGAUAUACGUCAUUGGUUGGUAGCAAUAACGAGUCAUGGGGUUGGGACCUUGGGCGCAACAAACUUUAUCACAACUGCAAAAAUCAGCCUGGGGUGACAUAUCCCGUAUUUUUGGAACCAGAUGAGUCUUUUGUACUCCCAGACUCCUUACUGGUGGUUUUGGAUAUGGACGAAGGGACGCUUAGCUUCAUUGUGGAUGGACAGUACCUCGGAGUGGCCUUCAGGGGACUAAAAGGGAAAAAACUCUAUCCUAUAGUCAGUGCGGUAUGGGGGCACUGUGAAAUCACAAUGAGAUACAUCAACGGACUUGAUCCGGAACCCCUGCCUCUCAUGGACCUGUGCCGAAGAUCAAUCCGCUUUGCUCUGGGCAGAGAACGCCUGCAUGAUAUAGAAACUCUACCUUUGCCUCAGUCUUUGAAAAAUUAUUUACAAUAUCAGUAAUACGAAUUCUAGACCUCUAAAUGGUAGAAAUUGUUUACAUCAGAAUAUAAAUCUUCGUGGUGGAUAUUUUGAGUGUUAUUUAAUUAUUAUUUUUAAACGUUUUUGUUUUUUUUUAAUCAACCGUGGCAGAACAUUUUGGAGACUACUAAGGAAUGUGAAAACUCUUUGAGUUGGUUUAGAUCUUUCAGUGAAAUUAUUGUUGCCUACACUGUUAGCAGCCUUGUUACGCAGAAUCCAAAGCUUGCUUGUCUUCACAGGUCACAUCCAAAGAGAUGCUCUGUAUGUUGACUUAGGUCUGGCGCUGGAUAUGCAGCAGAUGAAGAUCUAAUCCCCAAAAGCAGCCCUAGAGCAAAGGGGGCUAGAAACUCCCUUUGUACAGAUUAAACGUGUGCUACCAAAAAAACAAUAACCUGUUUGGAGGUUUCUGAAAACCAGAAUAACAACGUCACAGAGAUUUAACUCGUAAGAUAUGCCAAGGAUUCACAUUUUCUGUAGACAUCUGUUUUGAUCCAAAGUAAGUUCCUUACACAUAGAGGUUGCCUCUUCUCAUUUGUGAAGGAAAGUGCUCUGGACUGCACACUAGAUUCCCACAAACUCUGUAGAAGGGAGUUAGGAAUCUUUGUGCGCACGGAGCAUAUGAGCUGCAUUGGAACUGCUAGAUUGUGGCCUUUACUUUUAGGUGCUCUGCCUUUUCAGAAAAACAUGCUCUUGGUACCCAACCCACCAUAUUUUAAAUUAUGUCAUAAAACAGCUGUGUCUUGGUUUUAAAAGUAGUUGAUCUUUUCUGAAGAAAAUCUGCUCAAUCUGAAAAUCAGUUAAGCUAGCACAUUUCAGCUGGUUUUCGUUCUGUUGCUUCAGCAGGGUGGAAUUUCCUCAAAUCAGUGUUUUCUAGCUUAACUUGGUUGUCAAUUGGGCUGACAAUUCAGUGUUUUCAACAGCAACCCCCUCCCUCCGCUUUCAAAAUAUGUCACUUUUUAAGUUGGAUUUUUAAAAAUCAUUUGUACUUCAUGAAUUCCAAAUACUGGGUUUUCUUUUAAUAUGUAUUUGACACAGUAUUUUGCAUAUCUGUUCAAAGCUCUGUACAGAGUAUCGAAUUUUAAGUUGUCUCCCCAGGGGAUGGCUUUUUUGUCAUCUUCUCCACUGCUUUCAAUAUGUAUUCAUUUGUCGGGAUCAACUUAUUUUUUUAAAGACACUGCUUUCUUUUUUGCAUUUCCUACUUUGUUCAAAGUUCUCUGCCUGAUCAGUUAUCUAGUUUAUAACUGGAAGUUGUUGCAAAGGCAGGUUGGCGAAUGUUCAGACUGAGCUGCCUUCAGCAUAUUUUAAUGUGAAUUUACCGAAGAAUGAAGAAAAAAGUUUCUAAUAAAGUCUACUGUCCAAAUU